AUGUAUGCUUUCGAAAUGUUAAUGAGAAGAGUUUCUAUUCCAACAACAUCUGUCGGAGCUGAACACAUGACUAUGAAGAAUAUUUUGGAUAGUGGAAGCAUUAUGAGAGAAUUCCAUAUUAAUUAUUUAUUAAAGAGCACAAAUACCAGCAAUACAGCAUCAACAACAUCCUCGGAGCCUAAUGAUUCAUCAAGUAAAACAGAAGGAAAGGAUCAACAAUCAUCAAAUACUAUGGAAGAACGACCGUUAACAGAGGAAGAAAUUAAGAGAAAAAAGAGAAAGAGAAUUGCUUUAAUUAUUGCAGCAAUAAUUGCAUCAAUUGGUGGAUUAAUUACUCUCGCUCUUUAUCGAACAAUGCUAGAAGUUCAAAAUCUUGCCGUUUUUUCAGAAAUGAUAGAAACUUUACACAUGAAUAAUGAUGCAUCUGUGUUAAAAAACGCUAUUUUUUCAAUGGAGGAAGGCUUUAAAAUUUUAGACAGUGCACAAUUUUCUCCAGAACAAAUACAUACCUUAAAACAAAUUUUUGGAGACUUUGAUUCUGUCAAGUCCAUCAAAUUGUUAGGCCCAAAUUGGAUUGAACACAUAGUCCAUAGGCUUUAUAUUUUGUCCAAAGAUAUUGCAUCUUGGAUUGACUUUCAAGUUUUUUUCAAAGAGUCCAGGAUUUAUUACUUCUUUCCAGUUGUUAAUAAGGAAACAGGUUCAGUAGCUGUAAUGAAAGUAGCAUUACUUUUAGAUGAACGACAUAUAGCAGAAAUUCGACGACUAAGAGAAAAAACGAAGCGUGAAAUGGAAGCCAAACAAAAGAAGGAAAAGGAAGAAAAACUUCAAAGACAAAAGAGACAGAAAAUUAAUGAGGAAAGAGCAAAGAAGGGAGAACCUCCACUUGAAGAUGAGCCAGAAAAAGCUCCAGAAUCUGUAGAAGAGAAAUCAGAGGAUAAACCAAUUGAAGUUCCACCAAUAGAAAUAGAGAGCAUUCAUAUCUGUGAUGCUGCUCCCUUUGCUGAGGCAUUUGACCAAAGCUUUUUUGCUCAACAUGACAACCAUCAUUUAUAUGGAUUGAAGGAGCUGUCCUAUAGUUGGCCCUAUGGAGCAUCUUAUACUGGAGGUAAAUCAGAAGUGUUGAUAUUCCACAACCAAAAUAUUUCCAAAAAAGCGCCCGUAUUGUUUAAAUCAUUUGGCUCCCUGAAUGCUCCUUCAGCAAAUUCAAAGCUUGGACACUUUUAUUUUGAAAACCUAGAAAACCAACGAGUUAAGCUUGAUACACGAACCAUCUUAAGUGGAAAUACACGUUAA